AUGAGUCAAUCAGCCCAACAACCCUCUCUCUUCCCCCCUGCUGUUCCUGACGAGUCAAACACCCGAACAGCAGAACCGGACGCCCCGGCGCGCCAGCCGGAUGGCGCGAAACUCAAGGCGGCGGCGACGGCGGCGGCGGCUUGUGGUACCGUGGAGCUGGCCUCAUUAACAUAUGACCGGGUAAACUACGCCCACGGCAUGGCUGGCGACCUCUCCUCCGUCCACUGGAAGUGCCACCAGAUGCAUAAUUGGUGGUGGCAGGCUAGCGUAUAUCCUGGCCUAUGUUUACAGAUGGCUGGAUCUGCUCCUCGAUCUAGCAGGAUGGACGUAGCUACCUACUUGAUUCAAAUCAUUACUUUGCUUCCUCUGCUGGAACCUGGGGUUGAAGUUGGGAUUCUGCAUCUGGUCGGCCCUCAAUCACAGGCCAGGGAUGGCCAUGGUUUUUCCGCUUCAGAGUUGAGCUGGAUGCCCGUGCAGUGCACGAGUCUCCUGAACACAAUGAGCAUUCCGUGGUCUGUCGUCUGUUCCAGCAGCAACGUUCAUACGUUGUUGUCCACUACUCCAGUGCAGCAGCAGCCCGAAAAUAAUGGAGAGCUGAUUCUUAGGUAUGUGAAGAAAGGGUGGGAAGAUCAAAUCAAGGACCCGGGCAGUUACUGGAAGUUCAACGAUCGCAGGGGGGCAGUGGAUGCUUCAUACGAACAAGUGCGACCAAGAUCUGGGUUGCAGCUUAAGGAGGCCAUUCGAUGAGUGUUCUUCUCUGGCACACCACCAUGGAUUUCUGCUUCUACUACAUUACAUGGGCACAUCAGCAGAUCGCCGAUGUACCACUGUUCGGUGUGUUCACGAUGCCUCUGGUGAAGGCCGUGGGUGUGCUGUCUGGUGCGGAAGAUCUCCUCACCACAGUAGAUCCUUAAGGAUGAUAAGACAAUCCAUGGAAGGUGAUUGAGGCCUGUGGGUGGAUAUGUUCUGCUUCUCCUCGGCCAGUAGCAGUAGGUGUCGAGGGUACCUACACGGCAAGAGUUUGGGCACCAUGGAGGGGAGCUGCUCACAUAUACUCCUAUUUGGCUCCUGUCGCUCAUGGGGAUGGAAACCUUGCCCGAGAGGCUGCAGAUGACAGAGCUUUCGAGUGGACAAGGAAAUGCCGGCGCUGCUCCAUCAACUUCCCAGGCCAGUACCGCGAAGCCGUUUUUGAAAAUUGAUGUUUUUCUAUUCUGCAUUUGCUUAUUUUUGGAAGCUUUUUGUAGUUCAUACAUUGUGGUGUUCCAUUUGUCGCUGUUCCUCUUCUUCGGAACCGGCGACGGUAGCGCCCGUGGGUGUCGCGAUCUUUCCUGAAAUCAUCAUUGUGGAGGUGUGGUCACCCCUCUCCCCGCGGCCUUGGCUCCGGAGGGAAACCUCUGAUCAUCUGGAUCGGGUGAUGGAGGCGUCCUAGCGCCUUUCUCCUCCUUGGGGGCAUCGUCUUGAAGCGGACUGCAACUAGGAGACCGAUGGUUGUUGGUGGCUGGUUCGUCGAGGCCAGGGGGUGUCAAUGUCUGUUUGGCAAUGAUGAUGGCGCCAAGAUGAGUUGGGGUCAUGGCUCGGGCUCUGGUAGUCGGUCUAUCUGGCGUGUCCGAUGCGCUCUUCCAUGGUUGCUUGGUUGUUGUGGAGUCGAAGCUGCGGUGGAUUGUGUCUAGGUGGUGACGGCACUCGGCGGUCGUUCGCGGAGGUCUUGGCCGGCGCAAGCCCUGCAUAUUUCCCUUGCAAAGAUUGUCGUCAAAGUCGAAGCUGUCGUUCGCUGGCGCGUGUGGCCAUCUGUUGGCAUGUGGCCAGGUUGGCUGGUGGUGUCCAUUUUCUGGGCUGAGUUGUACCGGUUUUAGCCCGGUUUUCCGCAAAUUAACCUGGCAAUUCUUACUCUUAUCAAUGAAACGGCAAGUCUUUUGCCUCGUUUAAAAAAAAAAAUUAACUAUGUGAAUUUGUGAUCUGUCAGUCGACAUCUCAGAGCGAACAAGAUCCACGGCCUCAUGAAGCUGCUGCUGCCCGCGCAUAUACAUCUCGGCGUCAAGAUAUACUUCCAGCUGAAUAAUAAUUAUCUGAGCAAAGCACUAGUCCAGUUUGAUGCCUGGCAGUCUGUUGGGUGAUGUGUUGUUUGAAGUUU